GGUUGCCGGACAUGGACUGAAGUUGAAUUCUAGGGUUCCAUUGGCUCUUCCACCACAGAUGGAGAGUUGGGUAUCUAGAUCCGGUUUAGCUUCACUGCAGAGAACGAGUCUGAACAAGAUAGACACAAAUCUUGUCUCUGCAUUUGUGGAAAGAUGGCAUCUAGAGACAUCUUCAUUUCACAUGCCGUUUGGUGAAAUGAGCAUUACUUUAGAUGAUGUCGCAUGUCUACUUCACUUGCCCAUUAGGGGUAUCUUUUGGAGUCCUCAGGAUGUGACUGAAGAGCUAGCUGUUGAACUUGCUGUGGACUACCUAGGAGUGUCACAGAGUCAGGCACAGUCACAUGUUCGGAGCUGCAGGGGGUCGUAUUACAAGUUGGAGUGGGUAUAUGAUAUAUUCGUACAUCAUAGGGCUGCUUCCAGCUGGGCAUAUGCGACUAGAGCAUAUCUAUUGAUGUUGGUGGGUUCCACCAUAUUUGCUGAUAAGACCUUUACACUUGUAGAGGCACGAUACCUCCUCCUGUUUAGGGACUUGGAUGGAUGUUCAGGAUAUAGUUGGGGAGCAGCUGCACUAGUUACCCUCUACCGAUAUCUUGGAGAUGCGUCCAUGUACAGUUGCAAACAGCUAGGUGGAUAUCCUACUCUCCUACAGUGUUGGAUUCACGAGUAUUUUCCAACUGUUGGAAAAAGAGGGGAGAAUUGGAAUCCUGCUGGAAACUGUGGUCUUCCCCGAGCGAUGAGAUGGUCAUAUAGACAGGGAGUCCUGAAGGUCGAUGAUUUACGACCUAUUUUGGACGAGCUGACACCUACCGACGUCAUCUGGCGACCAUUUGAGGAUCAUAGAGCAUGGCGUGUAUUUGAUGAGAUAUGUCUUUACAGGGGCUGUUUGAAGUGGGGUGAAACAGUUGUUCCAUACUUGCCUGAUAGAUGUUUACGUCAGUUCGGGUAUAGACAGUAUGUUCCAUCCCCACCUCUGGAUUGUAUGAUGGCGACGGAUAUUGAUGUUGAUUGGAUCAGUUACCAUCAGAGUGUUGUCGAUGUGAUCUGA